UGGGAGGGGCAGGGGGAAGUGAAGGGCUCUCUUUGGCUGAGCACUGAAAGCGAUUAAGCCUGCAGUCCUAAGGCUGACUAGUUGAAGGGCCUCGGCCAACAGGAGGAGAGAGAUGGAGCCAGUGGCAGCAUUGGAGCUCAGGUCUGUGGACCUGCACAGCGCCAGGAACAACAAGGAGCACCACACACAGGAGAUGGGCGUGGAGCGGCUCAUCCUGCGCCGAGGCCAGCUCUUCAGCCUCCAGUUGGCCUUCAACCGGCCCUUCCAGCCCCACAGUGACCACAUCACCUUCGUGGCCGAGACCGGCCCUGAGCCGUCGGAGCUGCUGGGGACCCGAGCCAGGUUCUUCCUUACACAGGCCCAGCAUGGGAAUGUCUGGAAUGUGUCUGACUUCACUGUUGACUCCAUCUCUCUCCAAGUCUCCCUUUUCACACCAGCCAGCGCGGCCAUUGGUCACUACACGCUGAGGAUGGAGAUUGCUCAGAGCCAGGGCCACAGCCUAACUUAUCUGCUGGGCACUUUCAUCCUGCUGUUUAACCCCUGGAGCACAGAGGAUGACGUGUACUUGCCAAGUGAAACUCUGCUGCAGGAGUACAUCAUGAGGGACUAUGGCUUUGUUUACAAGGGUCACGACAGUUUCAUCACCUCCUGGCCCUGGAACUACGGGCAGUUUGAAAAGGACAUCAUAGAUAUCUGCUUUGAGAUCCUGAACAAGAGCCUGUACUUCUUAAAGAACCCAGCUAAGGACCAUUCCCAGCGGAACGACGUGGUGUAUGUGUGCAGGGUGGUGAGCGCCAUGAUCAACAGCAAUGAUGACAGUGGUGUGCUGGAGGGGAACUGGGGUGAGGAUUACUCCAGAGGCAUCAGUCCACUUGAGUGGAAUGGCAGUGUGGCCAUCCUGCGGCAGUGGUCAGCUCAGGGCGGGCAGCCUGUGAAGUACGGACAGUGCUGGGUCUUUGCCUCUGUGAUGUGCACUGUGAUGAGAUGCUUGGGUGUCCCAACCCGUGUUGUUUCCAAUUUCCAUUCUGCACACAACACAGAUGGGAACCUGACCAUCGAUACCUACUAUGACCGAAGUGCAGAGAUGCUUCCAACUCAGAAACGAGACCAAGUAUGGAACUUUCACGUCUGGAAUGAGUGCUGGAUGAUCCGGAAAGAUCUCCCACCGGGAUACAACGGGUGGCAGGUCCUGGACCCCACUCCCCAGCAAACCAGCAGCAGGCUGUUUUGCUGCGGCCCUGCCUCUGUGAAGGCCAUCAAAGAAGGGGAUGUCCACCUGGCCUAUGACACACCUUUUGUGUUCGCCGAGGUGAAUGCGGAUGAAGUCAUUUGGCUCUUUGAGGAUGGCACGGUCCAGGAAAUCCUGGCCCACAACGCCAGUGCCAUCGGGAAAGAGAUCAGCACCAAGAUGGUAGGGUCAGACCAGCGCCAAGACAUCACCUAUGUCUACAAGUAUCCAGAAGGAUCCCCGGAGGAGCGCUCUGUAUUCAUGAAGGCUUCCCGGAAAAUGCUGGGACAAGAAGGGGCCUCCUCGUCCCUCCUGGAUCUUUUGGGCUCUGCGGCCUUUAAGUCUCAGCCAGCACGGCUGCGGCUUUACCUGGCCAGGGCUCCCACGUGGGGCCAGGACCUGCUCCUCACCCUGCAUGUCCAGAGGGUGCGGGACAGUACCCACCGCCAGGGUCCCAUCAGACUGGAGGUGCGGUUCUGUGCCCAGGCCCUGUUGCAUGGGGGCGGCACAAGGGAGCCCCUGUGGAAGCAAGCAGUGCACCUGGACCUGGAUUUUGGGCAAGAGAUACACUGGCCACUCCUGCUGCCCUUCACCAAUUACAGAAACAAGCUGACUGAUGAAAAGCUGAUCCGCAUGUCUGGCAUUGCCAAGGAUGAAGAGACUGGGAGGUCCAUGCUGGUCGUAAAAGACCUCUGUCUGGAGCCUCCACACUUGUCUAUUGAGGUGUCCCAGACAGCUGAGGUGGGCAAGGCCCUGAAGGUCCAGAUCUCACUUACCAAUACGCUCACAGUGGCCCUGAAUGACUGCACAAUGGUGCUGGAAGGAAGUGGCCUCAUCAAUGGACAGAUAACAGAAGAACUUGGGACUCUGAAGUCUGGAGACACCAUCCAAAUUCACCUGGACCUCUAUCCCAGUAAGGCUGGGCCCCGCCAGCUCCAGGUCCUCAUCAGCAGCAGUGAGAUCAAGGAGAUGAAAGGCUACAAGGACAUCUUCGUGGCCGCAGCUGCAGCUCCCUGAGCCAGGUCCUGCCUUCCUGAUGUCCCUCAGCCUCCUUGCUGCUUUCCCUGUCCUGCCCCACCUUGGUCCUGGGAGCAAAUGAAGAAACAAUGGAGAUUCUUUA